AUGCCAGUGUUACUCAAAGAAACCUUAUACACUCCUACAAAAUUUAAAGCCCAAUACAUUUUAAAUUCUUUCGAGUCAAAUUUUCGUGUAUAGAAAAGGAAACCAGCAAGUGUGAAAAAGGGAUACACGUUGAAAAGGGGAGACAAAUAAUGUGUCACUGAGAAGGUUGACAGUGGCUUUAGGAAAUUGCCUACCUUGACCUUGAAAUGCUGAUGAUAAAGAUGCUGACAACCUAGACUUGAGUGAUGGUGGACUCCGGUAACCAUGACAAUACAUGAUGCCCCAGACUCCGACCAACACACAACGGUGAGUGGCAGUAUAAGUCCAUAUAGCACCAACUCGUUGUGUCCAACUGAUGAGAGCUCUAGCGUCAAAGUCAUGGAGGAUCACACAGAAGUUCACAAUCGGCAGCCAACGAUGGUUCGGAGAGAAAAGACGCUGCGGUCAGCAGUGAUAAAACCGCACAGUGCAACAUCAGCAGAGGUAAAAUCGGCAAAUAUCGGGGUCCGAGCGAUGUCAGCACAGGAACGGUCAUCACUCAGUAUGAAGAUGAGGAUGGAGGAGGAAGCUGCCCGUAUGUCUGAGGCGAAAAGCAAGGUCGUGAAAGAACAAAGUGUCAGGAAAAGAGGUUCUGACGAUCAGCGAUGGCGGGACUCUAUACGAGAACAGAUGGAGGCCGAGCUGGACCAACGUGUUCGCGACGCGCUUGAAACUCCGCCUCCUGAACGCCCACAUGGACAUGCUAACGGCGACAACGGUAGGAACAACAACUCUAAUCGUGAACUUGAGAAUCUAAAUGCACAUGUGCUAUUGGAUUUAUCUGAUAAAGAGAGGAAUUAUUUGAAAUCGAGACGCUGGAAAGCAAUACAAGCCAAGCGUCAGAUGCAGAAGUUUCUGAGCAUGAAUUAUGGACAUCCGACGAAUUCGUCUCGGAUAGAAGUGGUCUUUCGAGAUGAGUUGUCAAAGUCAAAUCAGGAUGAAUAUCCUGGAGUGUUUGGAUUAAAUUCCUUCUCAGAAGGUGUGAAAGAUUUAAAUGAAAUUCAUAGAAAACAGUUUGAUAAAUACCCCACCAUACGUCAGCUUCAUAAACAGUAUUACACGAAGGAAGGUUAUUUGACAGCAUCUAGAAAUGGGAAGUUUUCCGAUGGUACGGUUUUAGAUAGGGAUGCUGAUGGGUCGUAUGAGGAUAAAUUUGGUGUUGUGCGAAAUCAACAUGGACCUUUCUGGCCAAAUGACUGGGGACCUUUAUAUCCAGCACCUAAGUUUCUUUGGAACACAGAUACCCCUGUAGAGCCAUUGUACUAUUUUUUCAAAACUGAACCUGCUGACAGGUUGAUUGAAGAACAAAAAUUUACAGACCAAAACUACCCAACCGUGGAGAGUCAAGUCACCUCGUACACGUCAAAAUGGAGAGGCGUGUUGAUCGUGUUCGACUCGGAGCGGAGCAGCCGAGACCACUUUCCGAAUCCGGUCCCCCAGGGCUGUUGUCCUAGUCUGCUGUUCGAGUCUCGAUUUGAGUGUGGGAACCUUCGACAGGCUCGUAGAGUGGGUCAGUUUGAGUAUGAGCUUGUCCUGAAGACGGACCUGUACACGAACAGACACACCCAAUGGUACUACUUCCGGGUCCAGAACGCUGUGCCGGGCGUCACAUACAGAUUCAGAAUUGUUAAUCUACUCAAGAGGGACAGUCUGUACAACUAUGGUAUGCGACCUCUACUGUACUCAGAACUUGAUGCCAAAAAUAAGGGUGUGGGAUGGGGACGCACAGGACACCAUAUAAGUUACUCGCGCAAUAUCAUGCAUUUACACUGCCCAUUACUAAUGAGAGGUGUGCCCUUCUACGAGCUGGAGUUCCAAAUGGACUUCCCGAAUGCAGAUGACACCUACUACCUCGCCCACUGCUACCCUUACACGUUCACUGACCUAAAGGACGACCUUGAAAACCUCCUGAAUGACUCUGCACGCCAGCACUACAUGCAGAGGGAGGUGCUGUGUGAGACGAGGGCAGGCAAUAGUUGUUUUCUAGUCACAGUUACGAAUUUUGACCAACCAGAGUCUAUACAGGAAGAGAAAAAGGCUGUUGUGAUAACUGGGCGUGUACAUCCUGGGGAAUCACAAGCCUCAUGGAUGAUGCGUGGCGUGUUAGACUAUAUCACAGGGCCAUCCCUGGCCGCACAGGAACUCAGAGACAAGUUUAUAUUUAAAAUUGUGCCUAUGUUGAACCCUGAUGGUGUAAUUGUGGGGAAUUACCGGUGCUCUCUCGCCGCUAGGGAUUUAAAUCGGAAUUAUCGACGUCCGAGAAAAGAAAGUUUUCCGACGGUAUGGAGUACGAAGGAUAUGAUAGAGAAAGUGAUGGAAAAACAUGAGGUUGCAUUGUAUUGUGACCUCCACGGGCACAGUCGAAAACACAAUGUGUUUAUGUAUGGCAACAACACGUCGACGGACGACCCAGACAACAACACAAACGGCAAUGGUGUUGUUGGUGCUCGAGGGUUCCUCAACGAGAGGCUGUUUCCCUGGCUUAUGGCUCAAAAGUCGCCAGAGAAGUUCUCAUUCCCAUUCUGUAAGUUCAACAUCAAGCGCUGCAAGGAGGCGACAGGUCGUGUUGUCAUGUGGCGUCAGAUGAGAAUCCUCAACAGCUUCACGCUUGAGGCCACAUUCAGUGGAACUGCCAUGAACAACUGUCGAAGAAUUCCAUUGGAUGAGUGUAGGCACUUCAACAUAUCAGACUACAUGGAGAUGGGCCAUAUACUCUGUCAGUGUGUGCUAGAAUACCAUAAUACUCAGGAAAACAAGGCGCGUCAGACGGAGAUUGUUUUGGAGAUGACUCGAUACCUGACUUGCCAGGUGCUGGAAAGAAGGAGAGGGGUCUCGUAUAAGAUGCCGAACCUGAAGGCCUUCAUCAAGCAGCAGGAGGCUACCAGGGCAAUAGAGGAAGACAAGAAUACAUCUAGUCAAGAUCAGGCGAUGGAUGAAGAGAGGAGUAGAAGUGUUCCAAAUGAAGACAAUUCUAUUGUUGCCAUGGAAACUGUAGAUCCUGUGUUGAGUGAUCGAGACGAAAAAGUUAAAAGACGAGACAGGAGAGUUGAAAGUCGCAAUACAAACAAUGGUGUUAAUAAUCUCAGCAAAUUAGAUGUAGAAAACUUGUUAGAUACGGAGAAUAUGAAGACAAUGGAUGGUUGUUUGAAAAUUCUAGCUCAGUUGAAUGUGUCAGAAGCCUUAGAGGAAUCAGACUCAAGUGACUCGGACUCAGAAUCUGAGCCUGAACUGAAACCACCGCCAGAACCGAAACAGAAAAAGAAGAAACGUAAAUCAAAGAAGCAACGUGACAAAGAGCAGCAGGAUCGAAAAGGGGGGUCAGGAGGUUCCGAUAAGAAAGAGGAGCGGAGAAUGAGCACAAAUUGUUUCCAAUGCACCACAUCCAAGUGUCAUUCGGCUCUACCCACAAUUUCGGCCAAUCAGGGGAUGGACCCUCGUAAUGAUGGCGCAAACAGUAGGGGACAGGGUAGCAGCAAAGACAGAUAUUUGAAAGAGAAAAAGGACAACGCACAUUUUGUAAGCAAGUAUGUGGGAAGGAAAAAUGGCGGAAUUCCUUGCUUUGCGGAGGAGAGGAGUGUAGAACGUGCAGCUAAGAGAAUGGCUGAAAUGAAGAAAAGGGGAGAAGAAGAAAAGCAACGAGAAAUGGCUUUCUUCAUGAAGGAAUAUCUGAAUGAUACAAAAAUGGAAAUAGAGAUUCCAAGUUCUACUGCCCAAAUUGCAAUGCCACAAGUACACGUUAAGUGUGUUGAGGAGGCGGGCAUAUGUCAAUGUGGGCCGAACCGACCCGCCGGCAUGCCCACCCUGAGACGCUCACUAACCAAUGAUGAAUUGCAACGUCGUCUGCAGGUUGCGCUCAAUGAAGGCACGUCAAAUAUAGCUCAGACGCUCGUUGGUCUUAAUGUUAGAACUGGAUACACCCAUGCUGGGACAUGUUAUGUGCCAAACGUUAGAAUUCCUCAUUCGUUCCGAGACUUAGCCCCCGCUGUCUUGCCAGCCACUGCCCCACAAAAUAAUAAUAACAGCAGCUCAGAGCCUAGCGAUAGUGAAAACGAAAACCUGGUACAUAACUCCAUACCGGUGAGCGCGCGGGCCACGCCUUUCCAACACGAGAAUGCUACCAUGAUUGCCUCAACUCACCCUUUCCAACAUACUACGUCCACACACGCUCACCAUAUAUUCAAAAAGCAUCUUAGUUUACGAGGGCCGUCCAUGAAAUCAUCAAUGGGUCGUCAGGUAACCAACAGCGCCCAGGGAAGCUUAAACUACGGCCACCAUGCAGCCACACAGCUUACGAGAAGUGACAUGUCCCCGGCAAAUGACUCCCAGCGGAAAUAUGAGGACAAAAAACGUGCACCCGGACCCCUGCAAAAACAUGGUCAAAAAUUAGGGGAAACAAAAUGGUGUCUAGGUUCGACAGCAGAUACAUGGAGCCAGAAAAUCAUUGUUUUGAACGAUUCAAGAAAAAGCGAACAAACAGUGAUAAAUACUAACUUGACUAAGUUUUGGUUGCCCAAAUCAAACAUUGGAGUUCAACCUUUAAGGUCUCAGCCUGAUUUUGGCUUAUCAAAUACUGAACGGUUAUUGCUUCCAAGGGAGACUAGUACAUUACUGGCAAAAGCUCCCGGACAAGAAAGCAAGACCAUAAGUUUGAAAAAUGAAAUUUCACAUAUCAAAUCAGACCAAUUAGCUGUAAGGACCGAAAUUAAUUGUACCAAUGGUAACGAAGACGUUGUGGAAAGGCAACUAUUAAGUGCCAAAUUUGGCGGAAAGUCAAAUCCCGGGUCUUUCUCAACCAAUAGGGGCCAUCCAAUAAAACUAUGGUCUCCUGGCAGGACAAAUGAUCUAUGAUUGUGAAAACAUUUCGAAAACAGGACAGAUAAGAGGACUCAAAGUGCCUGGACACGGGGAAUGACCUUCUUCUGACCUUGAGAUUCAAACAACUUCAUUUAUAAAGAAUUGGAAUGGAACAUUUUAGCCAUGGAUGUUUUGAACAUUCUAACCGUGGACGUAGGGAACAUUCUAACCGUGGACGUAGGGAACAUUCUAGCCAUGGAUGUAUGGAACAUUCUAGCCAUGGAAAUAUGGAACAUUCUAGCCUUGGAACAUUCUAGCCAUGGAAAUAUGGAACAUUUUAGCCAUGGAAAUAUGGAACAUUUUAGCCAUGGAUGUAUGGAACAUUCUAGCCAUGGAACAUUCUAGCCAUGGAUGUAUGGAACAUUCUAGCCAUGGAACAUUCUAGCCUUGGAUGUAUGGAACAUUCUAGCCAUGGAUGUAUGGAACAUUCUAGCCAUGGAACAUUCUAGCCAUGGAUGUAUGGAACAUUCUAGCCAUGGAAAUAUGGAACAUUCUAGCCUUGGAUGUAUGGAACAUUCUAGCCAUGGAACAUUCUAGCCAUGGAAAUAUGGAACAUUUUAGCCAUGGAUGUAUGGAACAUUCUAGCCAUGGAACAUUCUAGCCAUGGAAAUAUGGAACAUUUUAGCCAUGGAUGUAUGGAACAUUCUAGCCAUAGAUGUAUGGAACAUUCUAGCCAUGGAAAUAUGGAACAUUCUAGCCAUGGAUGUAUGGACCACUCUAGCCAUGGAAAUAUGGAACAUUCUAGCCAUGGACGUAUGGGAUAUUCUCUGGGUUUCAGCAGACUUCAUACAUGAUUAAAUGGACUAUUUUGACCAUCUGCUUUCCUUGAAGGCCUAAAAGCUGCUUUCCUUGAGAGCUGACUGGCUAUAAUGGAGUCUAUAACUCUGAACAUUGAAAAGAAAGGUCUUAUACCCAGUGAUUUCAUGAAUCUAAAAUGCAUGGAAACUUAAUAAUGAUAGUUCAUGAUAAAACUAUGCAAUUGUUAUAAUGAUGAAACAUACAGUAAUGUAAAUUUACACAAUAUUAGUGCUUAUUGGUGUAGCCUUUUUUUUAAACUUGGCAUCCAAUUGUAUAGUACCGAUUAAGUUUUCUGUUUGGUCAAAGUUAUCCAAAUUGUUUAAUGAUUGGUCAGUUAUUAUCUAAGAAUUAUUACUAACCAAUCAAAUAGUGUUAUCAGUCAAUUAGUCAAAAGAUAACCUGAGGACAACUUAUCAAAGUUUUAUACAAUUGACUGCAGCUGUCAAGACUAUUCCAGAUGAUCACAAUUCUUUCACAUACAGCUUUUUUUCUCUGGACACUUGAUCUUCCAAUAUAAAAUGCUGAGUUUAGCCUUUAUAUUUUUCAGUUAUAUAUAAAAAUAAUUUAUGAUUAUUGGACUGUUAUUCUAUAUUCAUCCAACCCUGUCUCAUUUGAUUUAGGCAUACUAUUUCUUAAAUGUAGCAAAUUAAUUAAAAAGGUGUUAAUUAAAUACAAUCAAUAAAAAUUAAAUGCAGAAUGACUUUAUGUUGAUGACUAUUUUUUCAAUUUCAUGAUUGAUGUUUAACAAAUAUGUAGAGAGAUGUAGGGUGUCAAUUUUGUUAAUUUAAGACAAGCUUGAUGCUUCCCUGUGCUGUUAUUGGUAAAACUGUUUUAUUUGAAAACCAAUUUAAAGCUGCAUUUUAGCUGUAAUAAAGUAUGACUGUAUCUCCCCCCUCCCCCUCUUCCCUCCAAAAUGCAGCACAUCAUGUGGUACAUUUAUGUAUCAUUGUAAUUUUAAACUGACUUUGUAUCUUUGUCUUUGGUAACUACACAAUGUGCAGGGGUAUUUUCAUACAAGGUUGUCAUUGUUUAUUGCUAUUCUUCUUCCGUCGGUACAUUUGUUCAUUCAUUCUUGUGAUACAUAUACAUGUAUUGUAAUUAUCAGUUAGUGCAUUUAACAAAUUUGCGGAAGUUUGAUUUGAUUUAAAUCCACAUAUAAUAUAUGGUAUGGUAUGUGUAUGGAACAAUUUUUGUAUUAUAUUGCCGAUAUAUAUAUAUAUGUUUUGUAUAUUUUCCUCGUACAGUGUUGCUGAUUGUUUGUCUACCACUAGGUAGCCCAUAUUGCUUAUGUGGUAUGACAGUCUAUUUAUUAAUGAAUGAAUCUGUUGAUUGUGAUAAUUGAUUGUGAUAUGAGGUUAACUUAUACUAUUUAAUAGUAUAAACCAUGCAUUGACAUUGCCAUCAGUUUUUGAAUUUAUUUAUAUACAAUGAUUUUAUAUUUGUUUUACCAUAUAUGCCUUAUUUAUUAUAAAACAAAUAAAACGUUUAGAUAAAUUUCA